AUGACCGUCAAUAUCAAUGACGCUAAGCGAAUCCGUAUCCUCAUAGCUCUCACAGCUCUCAAACACAAGCCAAAGGACGUCUCUAUAGCUGACCUUCGAGAUCAAUUUCCACUAUCAGGAAACAGGAACGAAGGGAAUGAGAACGGAUCUUGGCGAGAUAGGGCGUUGAAACUCGAAGAGGAGGUGAACGAAUUGAAGAGGAAGUAUAACGAGGAGCUUGCUGAACUUAAUGCCUUACGAGAGCUUUCUCGACCGGAAUCAAACGCAAGCAAAGCGAAGAAGAAAAAGAAACUCAAUCCGGCCGUCGAGUCUCGCAUAGCUUCUGAUACGAGUGCCACCUCUUCACGAAGUUUCGGUGCCUCUGAGGACUUGAGAACAGUGACUGCCCCGGAGCUCAGCAGCCCAUUAAACCUAUAUGAUUCGUAUCACAGGUUAUUCCAGCUAUCGUCUUCAAUCAGUUCGAAGUCUAGUCAUUCAAUGCACAGGCAACUGGUUCUGUCGGCUACCAGUGUUCUCCAAGCGCUCGCUAGUUCUUUGCAGACUGCUUUUGAUCCACAGGGAAGCACAAAGAUCACUCUUACCUUCGUGAACGGCUUCAAUACGAUUCUCUGCUCGACUUUAUCACGGGCUAUGAUUCUUCUAUCGUCUUUGAAACCAAAUACUGGAAAGAAGCGUCCGGGCUCGGCUGCCUUGAAAGUAAACCUGGACAAAUUCUUUACGGUGCUAGCUUGCGACAUUGUCGUUCCUAUCAUCAAGUCAUUCAGUCGUCUAUCCGAAAAUGCGCUCCUGCCUAUUCUUAGCACUGGUAGAGGAAAGCGAAGACGAGGUGCAGGCUCUGAUACCUCUGGAGCUGAUGGGAUGAUGUGUGGGACGACUUUACAAGGUCUCCUCGCAAUCUUAAGGGAUAUACUCGCGUUCCUUUCCGCGAGCAAGCAUGACGAGACGCUUCAACUCUUAGACUUGAUGAAAGCUAGUCUCAUCUCCGAAAUCGAGCGUCUUUUCAUCCCAGAUGGUACAACUUUGACUAUCGAAGUCUCGCCCUUCAUAAUCUCUGCUGCUACCGUGUCAACUGAGGAGUCCAAAACGCAGCUGGUGGCGAAGCUUUCUCGCAAGGACCGCAUACACCUGCUGGCACGCAAGAACGCUCUAUGGUAUUUAUGCGCGAUCGCUCAGGACGUGUUCUCAACUACGACAGCAACUAGAGCUAAGGGCUCGACACCUGGUCCUGUACGAGAGAAAGCGGAUAUCAUACUUUCACGCCUGAUGAUACGUUGUUCAGGUGCAACGAGUCCGGAGAGUGGGCUGGGUCCGAGAGGUGUCGGAAAGAUGAGUGAUACGGAAAGAGCGAUGAUCCAUUCAGUAAUUGAGAAGAUAUGGCUGGCAGAGUAG